AUGCCGUUUCUUAAGAAGCUUAUGAUGCGAGGGAUAAGGUCGUUCAGUCAUAAGGAAAGUAAUAUACUGGAGUUUUACUCUCCAUUGACCUUGAUAGUUGGAGCAAAUGGAACGGGAAAGACAACGAUAAUUGAGUCAUUGAAGUAUGUCAGUACUGGAAGUCUUCCACCUAACAGCAGGGGAGGGGCGUUUAUCUAUGAUCCAAGGGUUGCAGGAUUAGCAGAGGUUCAAGGGCAAGUGAAGCUUCUGUUCAUCAAUGUGCACGGGGAGACGAUGGUAUGCUCACGGUCUCUUCAACUAUCACAAAGAAGAGGCAAGAGAGAGCAGAAAACCCUAGAAAGUGUAGUGUGGGCUGAGAGAGAUGGAGGAGGAGUGAGUGGAAGGAGUGGAGAUGUUGAUAUUGAGAUGCCACAGCAUUUUGGGGUAUCCAGCAGUGUAUUGGAGAACAUUAUAUUCUGCCAUCAGGAAGAAAGUACGUGGCCUCUUGGAGAGCCUGUUGUUGUCAAGAAGAAACUUGACGAGAUAUUUGCAUCUGAAAAGUAUGGGAAGGCCUUGGAUAGCCUGAAGUCAUCUAAGAAGGAAUGUUCUUCCGACAUUAAGAUGAAAAUGCAGGAGUUAGAGUUUCUGAGGAAGGUGAAGGAAAGAAAAGAGUCUCUUGAGGCUCGGAUAAAGAACGGGUGUAUGUCUAUAGAGAGAAAUGAGAUGAAACUUGAAGUCUAUGAUAAUGAGGUAAGGAGAUGUGAAAGUGUUAUUGAAGAGAUAGAUGUAGAGCUUCUGAAUAAUGAAGAGGCUGAAAGAAAGGCAUAUGUUCUAAGGAAUGAGUAUGAAGAGCUGAUGAGUUUUGUUGGGGGUUUUAAGGAAAGGAGGUUGGGAUUGGAGGAAGCAAGAGAUAUUCUCAGGGGAGAAUCUUUAGCUGAUGCCGAAAAGAGAUAUGAAAGAAUAAAGAUAGAGUCUGAAGAGAGUGAAACCCGAUUUAGAUAUCUGAGUGAGAAAAGAAGCGCCUAUCUCAAGAACAAGGUGGAGCUUGAUGGGGUAUUUUCUGAGAUAUCCGUCAAGUCUUCUCUUUUAGAUGAAGCAAAGCGGCAGAAGAUGGAAGCCUUCAGGAAUCUUGAAUCUGAGCUUCUGGUCACAAAAGACUUUAGAGAGACUGCUCUUGAGGCCUUCAGGAAAGUAGAAGAAGACAUUAAAGGUAGAAGAGAAUAUGUAGAAAAGCUUGAGGAAGAAUUUCUGAGGCUGAAGAGGGAAGACAAUGAUAAAAUGAAAACGCUUUCAGAGAAGAAGAGAAUAGUCGAUGAAUACAAAGACCUUGUGAAUGACGAAAGCAUAGACGUAUCUAUAUCACAUGAAGAAGAGGUUGAAAGACUUAGGACGGAGGUUGGUAGGGACAAGGAGAUGGAAGCUUUGGAGGAAAGACUAGAAGACUACCAGAGAAGAUUGAACAAUGCAUAUAGUAUUGCAGAGAGAAACUUUAUGGUGAACCAGGCAAGAAACAGGAAGAAGGAGAUAGAGAAGAUGCUGAAAGAAGUGAAUGUUUCCGAGCUCCGGACAAGACUAGAGAGACAGAGGAUGGAGCUGAGAGAAAAGGAGAAGAAGAUGAAGGAGAUUGAGAAGGAGGUAAAUCUUAGGAAGGCGGAGAUGAUACAAAGAGAAAGAAUGAAUGACAGGAUUAGAAAGGACAUAAGGAUGAAAGCCACAGAGCUUAGAACCAUGAUGCAAAGGGCUAAUAUAUCUACUGUAGAAGGACUAAGAAUUACAAGGUUCUAUGAUAGAAGUAGAUAUAAUGUGAAAGAAGCUAAGGAAAUAGUGAGUAAGAAUGGAGCUUUCUUUGGAGAGGACAUCGUGGCAUUUGGAGUUGAGAUGCUGGAUUUUGAAGGCCUUUAUGACAAUAAUGAAGGCCAAGUGGUGAGCAAUGAGACUGAAGGCCUAUACAGAGAAAGGAUUUACAGAGAGAUAUUGGAGGAUGGAAGUAAAAGUCAUGGAUGUCCUGUAUGUAAUAGAUCCUUUUCUAUGGAGGAAGAGGCUGGAUUCAAAAGAAGACUAGAGAUGGAGAUAGAAAAAGUUUUGGAUGGGAAGGAGAAUAGUGUUAGGAAUCUGGAGAGAGUAGACGAUGUUGCUAAAGAGGUGGAAAGGGUCAAUGAAGGCAUAAUGAAUAGAAACAAAAUAAGAGAAGAGAUUAUUGAAUUGCUUCUUCGAUAUGAACCUGACUCUGAUGGGGUGGACUCCGAGAUUUUAGAGGAGAUGGAGCUAGAUAUUUUAGAUGAGGUUGAAGGGAUCAAGAAGACGGAGUUUUACAUUGAAUUAGUAUCUGAGCUAUUUUCCAUAAAUGGGAAGUUGAGGGAUGAGGAGGAAGGGGAGUCUGUCCAAGAGUUGAAGUCGAUGAUUGAUGGGGUAAGGAAGAUAUAUGAGGAUAAAAAGAGAGAGGUGAAGAGGAAGAAGGAGAUGAUUGAGUAUUUGGAGGGGAAGCAAGAGAAGAUCAGGGCUGAGAAGGAGAUACGUAGGAAGAUAAACUUCCGAGAGGAAGCAAAACGGGCCAUCGAGCAGAUUGAGAGGAGUAACAUGAGAGCAAGGAUUAAUGAUAUCUCUGAAGAAAUAUGUCGAAGAAAGGGAAAGGUUGAUAAGAUUUUUGAGAAGUUUUCAAGGAAGAGAGUAGAAUUAGAAAUGAACAUGGAAAUCUUCUACCAGAAGGAAAAAGAAGUAGUACAGCUUGAGAAGGAGGUGGAGGAGCUGAAUGUCAAGGCCAAGAAGCUCUUGCAAGUUGAACAUUGUGAGGAGGCAAGGGACGAGGCGAAGUUUGAUUCUGUAAGAAAUGAUCUUUUGGAGAAGAAGAAUGAGGUUUUAGAGGUAGGACAAAGGAUCCGUAUGAUGCAUGAAAUGCGAAGCUUGGCAGAAGAAAGCAUAAGAUAUUACAACAAACAGAAAAGAAUUGAAGAAAUAGAGAAGGAGUUGUCUGAGACUGAUUUCGAGUAUCUAGCCACGCUUAAAGAGAAGAAGAGACUUCUAGAAGAAAAGAAAAUGAAUCUAAUCUCUCAGAAGUCACUACUACUUGGGGAAUGCAAGCAGAUUGCCCUAGGAAUAAAAUCCUGUAAGCAAGAGCUUCAGAAGGACCACAGUAGAACGGUGGAGAAGUACAACAAAUGCUUCAUAGAACUUAAGGCCCUGGAGAUGGCUUGCCUAGAUCUUGACAAGUGCAUCCAAGCAUUAGAUAAGGCCAUUAUUGAUUUUCACACCUCUAAGCUUGAAGAAAUAAAUGCAACACUUAAGGAUUUGUGGGAACAUACCUAUAGAGGAGAUGACGUUGAUUGGAUAGAAAUAAAGACUGAGAGCUUGGGACAGAAGACCUACAGCUACAAGGUUGUAUUUAUUAAAGGGGGUGUGGAGCUUGAAAUGAGAGGAAGAUCUAGUGCUGGACAAAAGAUGAUAGCCAGUAUUCUCAUAAGGCUAGCGCUUUCAAAUUCCUUUGCCUCCAACUGCAAUAUACUGGCUCUCGAUGAACCAACCACAAAUCUCGAUAGAGACAAUAUAGAAAGCCUUGCAUUUACUCUCUCAAGGGUGAUCUCAAGACAUAAAGAGAAUUCUGGUUUCCAGUUGAUUGUCAUAACACAUGACGAGGAUUUUGUUCAGCUAUUAAGUAGAGAUGGACCAGAACACUUUUAUAGGUUGAACAGAAAUGAAGAUGGGGAUUCUGUGAUUGUGAGGCACUCUGUAUAUGGUAUGGAAGCGUCCGGGAUGGGUAUCAAUAAAGCUUUCUGA